UAAAUGCAGACGAAUAGAAGAAGCAGGAGAGCCGCGGGCGAGGCGUUGUUGACUCAAACACGCUUUCCCAUUUCCUACCAAAACACCAAAGGCAGGAAGCGUAGCCGCGGCCCGCGGGAGACAAAGUGAUCGAGACAUGGUGAUGAACAGCCCUGUGGUGGCGUGGGUGGCCAACGUGUCAGCGGAUUUGUGUCAAUACAUUGCGUGCAACCCAGAGAGAUUGAGCAGCGACCACGUCCUCCACCUCCUCUUUUGCUUCCCUUUCCAACACUUGCACCGCCUCGCCCUCUCUUUCUGCUCCCCCUCUCCUUCCUCUGACGACUACGACGACCGCGACACUCUCCACUCCGAUUGAGUGAUUUCUUGUAAAAGUUUGAGGAUUCAUCUGGACAAAAUAAAAGUGAUUCAUACUAAUGUUUUGUUGUUUUGAUUGAUUUGAGUGUUUUUAUUUGAUUUCAUUUGACGAAUUGUGUUUGACUUGUGCAAAUGCCAAAUGGGUGAGGUUGUUGUCUUUCUUCCAGAUCUGCUCCUUGAUUGAAUGAAGCUGUUAAGCCUUGAUUUUACAGUGGAUAAAGAUAGCAUAUAGACAAAAAAUAAUAAUAAUAAGAUAGUUUUAAAGAAAACCACAAUUUCUCGUCAAAAUUCAUAUUUAAAUAUUAUUAACUUCAGAAGAAAAAAGAAGGGGUAGGUGUUGGCGCGUUGGGGAAGACAUGACGACUGUGGCAUCGCCAUGGACGAAGACAUCCUUCCUAUUUUCUCGCAUAAAUGGCCGUAUAAAAACCCCUCACUCUCCUCCCAAUUUACAGUUUCGCCACUCCCUUCCCAACUCGUUCACGCUCUUCUCUCCUCCGACUCGGCCUCUCUCCAUGGCUGCUUCAUCCUCUGCUCAACCAACCACAAACCCUCAGGGUGUGUCACCUGGAGAUGGCAGCAAAGACGCUUCCGAUGUAUUUCAUCUGAUUCAAGCACAUCAGGAAAAGGCAGCUCGGCUUGCUCCGAUUGAGGAGAUUCGAACUGUGCUUGAUCAUAGUGUGCGCGGAAUGCUCUCUACCUUUUCUCAGAAGCAUGAGGGCUACCCAUCAGGAUCGAUGGUUGAUUUUGCCUGUGACGCAGAUGGAUCUCCAAUAUUAGCUGUCAGCAGCCUCGCAGUUCAUAUGAAGGACUUAACAUCUAAUCCCAAAUGCUCAUUGCUUGUGGCUAAAGAUCCUGAGGACAGGACUGAUUUAGUAAUCACUAUGCACGGUGAUGCUAUUUCCGUUUCUGAAAAUGAUAGACCUGCCAUUCGUGCUGCAUACUUGGCGAGGCAUCCAAAUGCAUUUUGGGUUGACUUUGGUGACUUCCAAUUUAUGCGCAUCGUACCAAAAGUUGUACGGUAUGUCUCAGGGGUUGCCACAGCUUUAUUGGGAUCAGGAGAGUUCAGUGGAGAAGAGUACAAAUCCACCCACGUUGAUCCGAUAGCUCAGUUUUCUAAGCCUGUUGCGUCUCACAUGAAUAGAGAUCAUUCUGAAGAUACAAAGCUCAUUGUGCAACACUGGACGUCAAUUCCGGUGGACUCUGCUUACAUGCUGGAUUUAGAUAGCCUUGGUUUCAAUGUCAAGGCUGGUUAUGAAGGGAACACUUUCAAGCUUCGAAUACCUUUCCCUAGACGCGCAGAAGAUCGAAAGGAUGUGAAGACUCUUGUGGUGGAAAUGCUUCAAGCUGCUAAGCCUCAAACUGAUUGAUAAAUAAUAGAGACAUACUCUGGUUAUGUUGGAUAGUGCAGCAAAUCAGAGUUGCCUUCUCUUGACAUGGAGAAAUUCGAACUCAUGGAAAACAUUGUGAACAAAGAUAACUCUGUUGGAAAAGGGACAAUGAACUGGGUAUGCUUUUGCCUUUCUCUCACAUAUGUAACCAUUAGAAUCACAACUGGUUGAUGUAUUAAGUGGUAUGAGACAUUCUCAGAAAAUGCCAUUAUUCUGAAUGAGAUUGUACGAAGAAUCAUCUGUCAAGAAACCCAAUCACAUUUGAAAUAUAUAUAUAUGAAUGAGAAAAUAUGAUAGUGUUCAUAUA